AGCGAGCUGGACUCGUUCUUAGACACGGCUCCGUUACCGAGCCCUUCCAUAGAGUUCAGCAAAGUUCGGCGCACAAACGAGGGGAUGUUCAAGCCCGCUCAGCGCGCACAGAACGGGGACCGUGUUCAGUUCAGGAUGUCCCGCAUUGGGCCCAGUUCAUGUCCCACAAGCACUGUUUUAUGUCACAGAACAUUAAACUUUCACAAGCUGCCGCAUCCAGGCAAAACGCCGAGGGCGCAGCUAAAAAUGUUGCAAAACAAACAAAUACCAAUAAGAGGGGAGAGGGUUUGUCGCUCCCUAAUGGAAGAGCAGCCCCUCCCCCCCAUAACCAGACGUAUGACCGAGGGAAACCCCUGCGCAUGCGCGAUGCGAGACGAGAGGUUUUGCAAGCCAGCGCCACAAGAGGGCGGUAUUACUCCGUGCAACACAAACUGGCCUGUCAGCCCGCUGUCACUGAGACUGAUAAAAUGGGCAAACUGCACAGACUCAGAGUGGGUUUUAAGAACAAUAAACCGUGGAUACCGGCUGCAAUUUGCUCUGCCACCUCCACAGUUCAGAGGGGUGAUUCAAUCGCAGGCCAGUGGCUCCGCAGCUCUUUUCCUACAAGAGGAAAUAUCCUCUCUGUUGGAGAAAAGAGCGAUACAAUUGAUCCCUCAGGAAAAACGCCAAGCAGGGUUUUACUCCAGAUAUUUCCUGGUCCCAAAGAAAGGUGGCCGAGGGAUGCGUGCAAUCUUAGACCUUCGGGCUCUAAACAGACAUCUGAGAAAAUACAAGUUCAGGAUGCUGACACACGUUUCCCUCUUACGUUUCCUGCGCCCAGGCGAUUGGUUCACAUCAAUCGAUCUCAAGGAUGCGUAUUUUCACAUUCCGAUUUAUCCACCACACAGGAAAUAUCUAAGAUUUGCAUUUCAAGGGAAAUGCUACGAGUAUCUCGUUCUCCCAUUUGGCCUCUCCUUGAGCCCAAGGGUGUUUGUGAAAUGCACAGAAGCCGCUGUGGCACCACUCAGGCAGCAGGGGGUUCGUGUAGCCACAUACAUAGACGAUUGGUUGAUCGCAGCUCCGUCACUGCAGGAAGCUGCAGAUCAUACAACGUUGCUCUCAAAACACAUGCUGGAUUUAGGAUUCAAAAUAAAUGUGGAGAAGAGCAUCCUAUUUCCCUGUCAAAGAAUCUCUUUUAUCGGUCUGUUUCUAGACUCUGCCCAAGCCAGAGUGAAACUCACAGAGGAGAGAGUAAAAUCACUUGUGAACUGCAUGUCCCUGUUUUACAGAGGAAGUUUUGUGUCUCCCCGUCUGUGCAGACGAUUACUGGGUCUAAUGGCCUCAGUUUUGGAUGUUGUCCCACUGGGCCGCCUUCAUAUGAGGGGACUCCAACGUUGGGUCGCUUCUCAGAUGGUGGGCCUACAGCCCCCACAGAGGGAGGGUCUCAGCCACCUGCAGAGCAGCUCUACGUCCCUGGAGAAGUGUACACUUCCUAACUCAGGGGGUUCCCAUGGGAACUAUACAGAGCAGAAAAGUGGUGACGACAGAUGCCUCCCUGUCAGGCUGGGGGGGGAUCUUCGAGGGGAAAUCAGUGAAUGGGACAUGGGACAUACACAUAAUGGAGACUUCACCCCGAGGUAG